UCCCCCACGUUCACUCCCACUCCACACGAACCCCACACGCUGAAGCUGGACUCGGAGGAGCAUUUACCGUGUGGGUGUGUAACGACGUGUGUGUGCGUGUGAGUGUGUGUGUGAGUGAGUGUGUGCACGCCGGGCACUUUGACACCGGAGCGCACUCUGCGCGCGCUGUUCCGUACCGAUCAGACAGGCAGACGGGCACGAAGAGACUCGCGUCUUUAAAAUCUCGUCUACGGUACCGACCCCUCCGUCGGUCGCGCGCGUCAUUACGCUACAACUACAACUCCAACUCCUGGCGGCGCUGCUGUCCGUCUGUCCGUCUGUCUGUCGACCGAACCCCGAAGGCGCACCGAGAAGCAAGAGAAACGCGCGAGCGAAGACGGUGCGAGAGGGACAAGGCCGUCCGCUUGGGGACAAUGGGACCGUCCCCUCGCUGUUAAGCCAAGCAGAAGGCGGCAUGACCAAAACGGAGCAGAUCUGAACUUUGACAGGAUCCGCUUUGAUCUGGAUUAAUCGCGGCCGCAUCUGACCGGUGUGAAGAAGGGGACAAGAUCAGAUCAAAUCUUUUUUUAUUUUUUAUUUUUAUUAUUAUUUAUUAUUAUUAUUAUUAUUGUUAUCAGCGUGUCAAGGGAGAAAGCCAACCCGCACUAUGGCUCGCGGAGACAGUCGACUGGGGACCUGGCAGGUGCUGCUGACCAUCUCCAUGGUCAUCAUCCCGCUGUGCGCGCAUAACGGACGGCAUUCGCUGGCCAGACGUCAUCCUCACCACAACCACUCAUCCGUCCACAAGGAGGCCUUGGACACCCGGAUGGUUCUCAGUGACGACUCAGCAGAGAGAGAGCACCUGAUCGGAGCAGGAAUCGGUGCCAGACUCCCACUCAGCUCCACCAGGCAUCACCACUCUCACAAACGCCACUACUUGGAUUUUGUAGAGGAGGACCAACACGGGGAGGAGUUUACAGCCGGAGGGGCGGGGCCAGACCAUCCUGGGAACCCACUAUCUGAUGACGUCAUCAUGGUGGCGUUUCACAGUCCAGCGCCAGAUGUUGUGCCCGCCGACGUCACUCUGGAUUGGGCCAAAACCCCCAAAGCUCAAAAGCAGAGAGGUGGAGAACCUGAUAAAUAUUCCCUCACUGAAUACUACGACUACCUGUCUUCUGACAACGACGUCUCAGCAGUAGACACGACCCCAGAACCCGAACCCACCCCUUCACCUCCACCCGACAUGGAGGAUGAGAACCCGCUCCUGGCAGGUUCUCCGGUGAUCCGCAAAAACUCAAGGCCAAACACCAGUGGUGGAUCAUCUUUGCCAGCUCCUCCUAUGCAGGGACCAGACAACAACAACGGAAUGGGUGUAGGUGGGGCUGUGGGUGCAGAUGGCUGCAGGCUGGGCUUUGUGCUGUCCGGACCAGGAGUUUGUGUUUCUCAGUGUGACAUUGAACCAAACUUUUGCUUCAACGGAGGUGUGUGCACCGUGGUGGCAGGAAUGGGUGCCUUCUGCAGGUGUAACGUACAGGACUACAUCUGGAAUAAAGGGCUGCGCUGUGAAUGGGCCGUCACAGAGUUCCAGGUGCUGUGCGUCGUGGUGGCUGUGGCCUGUUUCGUCUUCCUCCUGCUCUUCAUGAUCAUCGUGUUCUUCUCCAAGAGCCUGUACCGCCUCAAAAACGAGAACAUGCGCCUUCGCAAACGCAGUAAGUACCGCCCCCAGAGCAGCGAGCCACAGACGGACGGCCUCUCGGUUUCGACAACAGCUGACGGGUCGCAGCCAAAUGUAAGGAAACUGUGUGACACUCCUCCGCCUGCCCCCCAAGCUCAUACUCACAACCUGGCGUACUAUGACAACAUUAUCUGUCAGGAUGAGCCCCAGAAGAAGGAGAACCAAGCCAAAUCCCCCGCGCCUAAAGAGGAGGGGUCCAUGAACAUCCUGAACUCCCACUCCCCGAAGCAUGAGAACAACCGCCCCGCCUCUGUCGUCCACGGCCACACCCCCAACAACACGGAGGAAAACACAGAGGAUGGAGUCACCAUUGGCCUGGAAGUGCUGCUACCCAAAGAGGCCAAGCUGCACCAGGAGGUCAGCCCACCCCUUCAGUACGAUGUCUUCCUCUACAAAGUCGCCAACAACGGAGACUCCACCUCUCACAGCCAGGGGGCUCCCUCUAACCCCUCCGUCUCUCAACCCGCUCCGAAAUCUCCCAAAACACCCAAACUCACCACGGGUGCCGCAUCCGGGAGGCACUCCUCACCCGGCCGUCACUCCUUAUCCGGUCGCCACCCAUCACCCGGUCGCCACCCAGCACCUGACCCGGGCCUCUCCUCUACGGCUCCCCAGCAGCGCAGCCCCCGAGGCGGAGCCCCCAACAACUCGGAGCGCUCUGCGCGGUGGAGAGACCACCAGAGCGGGCCCAUUCACUCCUCUCCCUCUUCACCUCAUCUCACCCAGGCGCCUCCGUCACCAUCCAGAGCGAAGGUCAGCGCGGUCAGCACCCGCUCUCUGCCGCCCCUCUCCUGACCAGAUGUUCCCUCCGCCCAUCCCCAACAACUGCACGUCCAAACACGCAAAGACGCGUCUCUGUCCAAUCUAUGUGGUCCAGUUUUGUACUAGCUUUUUGUAGGUAUUUUUCCCUCAAACCGCUCUCGACCCACACAUUUAUUACUAGGACAACGGACCACAGCAGGGUUCACGGGACUGGGGCCAGGAGUGCUGGAAUUCAACAUGGACGCACAAAACCACAAAAGGCUAAUCAUUCUGCCGUCUCUGCAGCCUCAGAUAUUAUUUUUGAUGUAAAUAACGAGCUUCCUCAACUCAGGUUUAAGACGCCUCAGACCCGUAGCGCGGUGCCAACGUCAGCAGAAACUGAGGACGUAGCGCAGAAGAAAAGCACGUAACACUGUUAUCAUUUAUUUUAUAUGAAUCUUUUGCUAAAAAAAUUAUGCUUUUGUUUUUAUGUU